AUUUUCUUUGCACGAAGGAGUUUUCUGAUUCCUUGGCCUGGAAAAAUACUGCAGUAACCCACAAUCUUGCCAAUGAAUUAGUAAUUUCCAACAAUACACGAUAUAGGAAAUCAAGAGUCCUAUUCUAACCCUUACACAUCACCCUCUACAAUCUAUAAUAGCAAUAGGAGUUUAAGUUCCUUUAGCCACAUACAUGGAAAAAGGAUUUUGCCACUUGAUCUGCCACUUUUACAGCAUGCCUUUUUUAUAUUUUCUUCCUAAUAAGUUGGUACGAAUCUUCAAUAAGUAAACAUUCCCAAAAGGAGGAACAAGAAAAAUAUAAUGGAGAAGUGGGGCUAAGAAAUGUACAUAUCCCACUUUUCCCACCAUAUUCCUUCUACCACUUCACCAUCACCAACUACUAUAUGGGGUACCUAUAAACAUAAUGAUCAUCAUUGAACAUCCACAUUGAAACUGUCUUUUGCAUUCGUCUAUACCAAAAGUUAGAGAAAAAAAUGAUUUCAGCUGCUUCUCCUCCUUUAAAGCAAGAAGUUGUUUCAGACAGCAAAUGGACGGAGGAAAACGCCUCUCGCCGAGCCAAAUGGUGGUACUCCACCUUUCAUACAGUCACUGCUAUGAUAGGCGCUGGCGUCCUCAGCCUCCCUUAUGCCAUGGCCUACUUGGGAUGGGGUCCAGGGAUUAUGGUAUUGGUAAUAUCAUGGUGCAUGACCUUGAACACAAUGUGGCAGAUGAUCCAACUUCAUGAAUGUGUUCCAGGGACUCGGUUUGAUAGAUACAUAGACCUUGGUCGACAUGCUUUUGGGGAAAAACUGGGACCUUGGAUUGUUCUUCCACAGCAAUUGAUAGUCCAGGUUGGGUGUGAUAUUGUGUAUAUGGUCACUGGUGGCAAGUGUCUAAAGAAAUUCAUGGAAUUGGCCUGUGUCAGUUGUACACCAAUCAGGCAAUCCUACUGGAUUUUGAUGUUUGGUGGUCUGCAGUUCUUCCUCUCACAGCUUCCCAACUUCAAUUCUGUUGCUGGUGUGUCACUUGCAGCAGCCGUUAUGUCCCUAAGUUAUUCAACUAUAGCAUGGGCAGGUUGUUUAAGCAAAGGUCAGGUUGACAAUGUGAGCUAUGCAUAUAAAAAUACCAGUGUAGCAGACAGCAUUUUUCGUGUAUUCAAUUCAUUGGGCCAAAUUUCCUUUGCAUUUGCUGGGCAUGCAGUGGCCCUGGAAAUCCAGGCCACAAUUCCAUCAACACCAGAGAAACCUUCAAAAAUUUCAAUGUGGAAAGGGGCAAUGGGAGCUUAUUUUAUUAAUGCAAUAUGUUAUUUCCCAGUGGCAUUUAUUGGGUAUUGGGCGUUUGGCCAAGAUGUUAGUGAUAAUAUUAUUAUGGAUCUUAAAAGACCUGAAUGGCUCAUUGCCUCUGCAAACUUGAUGGUGGUCAUCCAUGUCAUUGGCAGCUAUCAGGUAUAUGCUAUGCCUGUGUUUGGUUUGUUGGAGAGGAUGAUGGUAAAAAGAUUAAACUUCCCACCUGGAAUUGUACUUAGACUCGUUGCUCGAUCAGCUUUCGUUGCAUUUACAUUAUUCAUUGGAGUCACCUUCCCCUUUUUUGGAGAUCUUCUUGGUUUCUUUGGUGGUUUUGGUUUUGCUCCCACUUCAUAUUUUCUUCCUAGCAUCAUUUGGCUUAUACUUAUGAAACCAAAACGAUUCAGCACAAAGUGGUUUAUCAACUGGACUUGCAUAUACAUCGGAGUGUUCAUAAUGUUGGCAUCCACAAUUGGUGGCUUGCGGAAUAUCGUCACUGAUGCAUCCACUUAUAGUUUCUACACAUGAAGAAUUACUCAUCAUCCAUCAACAAUAAUCUUAUUAUUUAUUGGAUGAGAAUUAUUGUUGAUCCAGUUGGUUUUAAUAUUAAAUUAAUACUGUCUUAAUUAUCAACCAAUUGUCUAUGAGUUAAGUCCUUCAAGCUGCAAUUAUUAAAUACACAAACUAAAUUCACACUCUGAAAAACCUUAAGCAGGAUAUCUCAUUUUCCGUACAUAUGGUCAUGGAAUUUACAUUUUACCUUU